UAAUGGUAAAAGCAAAGGCAGGUGGAGGAAGAGAAUGGAAGCGUUUUUUGAUUCUUUGGACUCGUCGUCUCUCCCACUCUUUCUCGGCCGGUUUCGAUAGGCGUUGGGGGAAGAUCAUAGCUCCGGAUUUCCUCUGGCUUGUUUGAAUCCGUCAAAAUCCAAUUUUGAUGCGAAAACUGCCCUUGUCGAGCGGGAUUCAGACGUGAUUCUUCAGAUUAGAUCCGGAAAUCUCAUCUUUUCUUUUCUUUUUUUUUUUUCUUGUCUCCUGUAAUCCUCGUCGGGAUCGUCUGCCGCUUCCUUGCGUGUCGGAACAGCCGGUAAGGGGGGAUUCUUAGCUGCUGAUCUUGGAGGUUUUGGUGCCUGGAAGGGUUGGGGGCGUCGUGUGAUUUCUUGCGAUGGCGCUCGUUUCCUGAAGGGGCUCGCGAUGGCCGGAGAGGAUUUGAUUGAGGUCAAAUUUAGGCUUUUCGAUGGCACCGACAUCGGGCCGAGUAAGUAUGAUCCUACCACCACCGUGGCCUCUCUCAAGGAAACCAUACUUGCUCGAUGGCCUCAAGGUAAAGAAAUUGCUCCUAGAACGAUAAACGAUGUGAAGCUCAUAAAUGCUGGAAAGAUUUUGGAGAACAACCAAACAAUUGCGGAGUCUAGAACACCAGUUUGUGAACUUCCUGGUGGUGUAAUCACAAUGCAUGUUGUAGUGCGGCCUCCCAUGCUUGACAAAAACAAUGAAAAACAACUUGCCAAGGCCCAAAAGACCAAUAGAUGUGCUUGCACUAUCCUCUGACGCCAUGGCAUGAUGUGAUGAAUUCUUUCCAAUUAGCUAUCGGAGGCUGUUUUCAGCUUUGGUUACUUGAAUGUGAAUUUACUGAUUAGUAACUUCAAUUUUCACCAUCUGGGAAUGAACAUCAUGGUUCAAGUUUCUUGUCGCUGUUGAAGACUCGAACUAAUUGUGCGAGGGCGUCAAUAGAAGAAGAAUGGUAUCGUAGUAUGCAACUAGUCGUGUUUGUGUGAGAAUUGAACAAUGACAUUGUUUGCUUCUUUAGUGUAUUGUUGAUAGUAGGGUCGAAUGAUUCUUUUAAGUGUUGGUGCCGCUAGAGAAGCUUUGUGCUGUGUAACAAGUCUUACAGGUCCAUAAUUGAAGAGAGACAGUAAAAUGCUGAACAUAAUGUGCCUCAACAAGGAUGUAUCUGUUUCUAUGAUUUGGAAAAGAACUUUUCUGCUGGUUAUGAAUA